GAAUCAAUGGAGGGAGGCAAGCAGAGAGUCUAAGAAGUCAAGGAAUGCAGCUUCUCUUGACUUCAAUCCCAUAAACUCGACCAACAAUGGCCACCCAGCCAUUCAAAGUGAUAAUCAUAGGCGCCGGCCUUGCCGGGUCUCUCCUCGCAAACGGGCUCUUGAACAACAAUAUUCGUUUCACCAUAUACGAACGAGAUUCAGUCCACUCCAAACGAGAAGGGUAUCAGAUCCGCCUCGGAGACUCAGCCGUAAGAGGCUUCAAGGCUUGCCUAUCUGAAAGCCUUGCAGGGGCCAUUAUUGGGAAGUUCGGGCAGUCAGCAACAUCCGGGCCCACUGCUCCGUGUCUGUACACCACCGAGUUCCAGCCGGUGCUCGAUUUGACCAGGCUGCCUACCUAUUCGAGAUCCUUUGCCAUCAAUCGCGUGGUCCUGCGCGAUCUUCUUGUCAGUCCCGUGGCGCAGGGCGGGAAUGUCCAGUACGGAAAGUCAUUCUCCGGUUACGAGGUUGUCUUGGACGAAGCAACUGGGAGAGAGCUUGUUAGGGUAUCAUUCAGUGACGGCUCUGUCGACGAAUGUGAUGUCCUCAUCGGCGCUGACGGGAGCAGCUCGCGAGUCAACGCUGCGGUAGGGGUGAACAAUCUAGUCAAUCUUGAUUCGCACUGGUCUUUUCUAUCCAAGGGGAGCUUACCUCAAGAUCGCCUGGACAGGCUUCCUACCCAGCUGCAAAAGGGGCCCAUUCUGGUUUUUGCGAAUGGAGUGUCGUUCUUCUACGCCUUAUACCUGCCUCAUAAAGGUACGAGUAACUCUGGUGAAGGAAUGGAAUAUAACGCUUCCGAAGCGUCUUUCUACUGGGGAUUAAAUGUCCCCAAAUCUCACGCCACGCAAUAUACCGACUCUGCAGAGAUCCCCGAUCGUCUUCAAUUUUGCCAGGAUAUCAUGCGUGACUGGGCCCCUGAACUAAAAUCCCUAGUCUCAAUAGGCCGAGAAGACGACCAUUCGUCCGAGAUCACUGUGGUUCCCUUACGCGCAAGCUUCCAGCCAGAACAGAACUGGAGAGAGCGUUUCCAGACUGCACCAGGCGAGCGCAGGCAGAGUAAAGGCCACCCCAGGGUAUGGCUUCUCGGUGACGCAAUCCACGCGAUGCAACCAAACCGUGGCAUGGGCGGUAAUCAAGCAAUGCACGACUGCGCCGAGCUCUUGCCGUAUCUCAUCGAGCUCAAUGAUAUCACUGCUGCAGAGGGCAGGGCUCCUACCUUGGAAGAAGUCUCCGUCCGAUGUACCAAGUAUGAAGAUCAGAUGAUGCAGAGAGCGUUUAGCUGGGUCCGUAAAAGCGGAGGGACCUCGAUGCCAGCCCUUGACUUCGAUGGGAUCCUGGGAAAAUAUAUUACAUUUAUUGGCAGACUGUUAAUUCCUGUUAUUUGGGUUGUUCUGUGGCCAUUUCUGAGAAAGCCGAACGAGAAAGUCGCCUGGUGAUUGUCUUAUAUCUAGUCGUUCGCCUUUCCAGACGAUUUAUAUAUUGUGGCUCCAAAGUUUUGGUUGGCCAAUAUACAUGUGCCAUAACCCAACUAUCGUUCCAACAUAUUUUGUAAAUUAGCUGCCAAC